UUUGCUACAUUUGUUAAAAAUUUUAAAUCAAGAUAUGGUGACAUUUUUGAACUUUAUAUGCUUUCUGAACGUCAAAUCUGGUUAUGUUGUCCAUCAUUAGUUAAUGAAAUAUUUACAAACUCUACUCAAGUUGUUGUUAAUAGAAAUUUAAAAAGUUGGAAAUGUAAUCAUAGAAUUUUAAGUUACAUUCUUACAAAUAUUAAAGUUUUAAAAGAAAGUGUAAAAAUUGUUAAAAAACUUUUUACAGAAAUUGAAAUUUAUAGGUUUAUUUUAAAUAAUGAAAAUAAUUUGUCUGAUAAAACUGUUAAAUUUGAUGAGUUUAUGGUUGAUCUUA